AUGCACGAAAGUGCACCCUCAAGCUGCAGCGAAUGCGCAAACCCGGCUGGGGUUAACUACGACACCUCGACCUGGGUCAAGCGGUUCGCAGCUACCACCACCAAGUGCGCCUUACGCCAACGGUGUAUAAGAGUCGUAGGUGACGCCUCGAAAGAGCACACGUCUUCUCGCCACGCCAGCGGCAACAUGAGCAAUCUUUUCGCUCGGGGUGACUUCAUGCGGUUGCAGUUCGACGAAUUGGAUCGUGACCGUGACGGUUUCAUCACUGAGGCUGACCUCAAGGCCAGCGUCCAAGGUCACCAAGUCCAUUCCUGCGCCAUCAACUGCUUUUUCAAGCGCUACGAUAAAGACGGUGACCGAAAAAUUUCCUUCGAAGAGUACCGAAAUGGACUGCUAGCCUACCUGUUCCAAAACCUUCAGAACGAAGACAUGGCUCGGUCGCUUUUCGGCUUCCUCGACACCGACAAGUCAGGAUCGGUGAGCACGAAGGAACUCUACAGCUUCUUCGAGGGCUGCAUCGGGUGUCUGCCGAAGGAGUACGUCACCGACUUCCUCAACGGCCUGGACGAGAACAAGGACGGGGAGAUCAGCGAGGCGGAGUUCCUCGCGUUCGUGAAAAAGAACCGCGCCAAACAGUGUGCUGGUUGCGCCGCUUCGCAGCAAUCAUUUGUGCCCUCGUCGAUGCGAUGA